AUGACGGUCCUCUCAAUACUUUCUCUGCCAUUUGUCGCAGUCCUUUUGACGCUAUGGAGCUCGCUGACACUCGCCUCCGAUUAUCAUGAGAACUUGCUCCUACAGCCUCUCCCACAAUCCUCCCUCCUAGCAUCGUUCAACUUCCGGAGCAAUACAUCGCAACAAUCAUUCGACCAACAACACUUUAGAUAUCUGCCCCGCGCGCUUGGUCAGAUCUUACAGCAUGCUCAAACCAAAGAGCUACACCUACGUUUUACUACAGGACGAUGGGACGCCGAAAGCUGGGGAUCACGGCCGUGGAAUGGGAGCAAAGAAGGAGGCACCGGCGUGGAGCUAUGGGCAUGGAUUGAUGCGCCAGGCGAUGAUGAAGCAUUUGCCAAAUGGAUCACCCUGACUCAAUCUCUCUCCGGGUUGUUCUGCGCUUCGUUGAACUUUGUGGAUUCAACUCGCACCACUAGGCCGGUGGUUUCUUUCGAGCCGACUGGGGACCACUCAGUGGCAAAUCAACUUCAUCUGCUGCAUGGAACCCUCCCCGGAGAGGUUGUCUGCACGGAGAACUUAACCCCUUUCUUAAAGUUGCUUCCAUGCAAAGGAAAGGCGGGUAUUUCUACGUUAUUCGAUGGCCAUAAGCUGUUUGAUGCAGCAUGGCAGAGUAUGUCAGUGGAUAUUCAGCCAGUCUGUUCUUCGGAUGGAGAAUGUGUUAUCCAGAUCGAGCAAACAGUGGAUAUGGUUUUGGACAUUGAUCGGUCAAAGCGGUCUCGAUCGAACCCAAUUCCUCGACCUGUGCCUAAUGACCAGUUGAUCUGUGACACCUCCAAACCUUACCAUGCAGAUGAUACUUGCUACCCGCUGGAAAAGAUGAAUGACAAAGCUUGGAGUCUAGCGGAAAUCUUUGGCCGUAGUCUGACUGGCGUUUGCCCUCUCGCAGACUCCGAUAGUGCUAGUGAUCAAAGCGUCUGUCUUCGAGUUCCCCAUGAAAGGGGAGUCUUCACUUCCGAAGAAGCCCAAGAGAUCAAAAAGGAAGAUGGGAUCACACGCUGCUUCAAAUUGACGCCAUCGACAUCCUUUGAUCUGUCAAUUCCACAGCAACCAGUGACUACAGAAAUUCCAUUGGACGAGCCUGUUCUCCACGCCGAGCGAACCAUUGUUGGCCAUGGCCAGGAACGUGGUGGAAUGCGUAUCAUUUUUGGCAACCCAUCCAACAUCAGACCUGUCGAUUUCAUUUACUUCGAGUCCCUCCCAUGGUUCCUGCGGCCAUAUAUUCACACCCUGCGUGCAACUAUCACAGGAACUGAUGGAGUUCCACGCGAGAUUCCCGCCUCCGAUAUUAUCAAGGAAACAUACUAUCGUCCUGCCAUUGACCGUGAGCGUGGAACACAAUUGGAACUUGCACUCUCGGUACCAGCCGCAUCAACAGUCACUCUCACAUACGAUUUUGAGAAGGCUAUUCUGCGGUACACCGAGUACCCUCCAGAUGCCAACCGCGGAUUUAAUGUUGCACCUGCAGUCAUCCGCAUCUUGGACAAGGCCCACAACUCGCCGAUUUAUAUCCGCUCUACAAGUCUUCUUCUUCAACUGCCUACCCCGGAUUUCAGCAUGCCGUACAAUGUGAUUAUCCUCACUAGUACUGUCAUUGCACUCGCUUUCGGUACUGUUUUCAACAUUCUGGUGCGGCGCGUGGUCUCUGUGAACGAGGCUGAAGCCCUUGGUGCACAGAGCUUGAAAGGAAAGUUAGUAGGCAAAUUAGUGGCCUUGCGUGAUCGAUUCCGCGGGAAAGACACCAAGGUCGAAUAG